UAACAUUUUAAUAUAAAAUGAAUAAGUCUAAAAAUGCUGUGAUGUUGAAUUAGAAAAGAAAGUCACAGGUUUUAAGCAAAAUCUUUAAAUCACAAAAAAAUCUUCCAGUGCUCUCAUGCGUACAUCACAUCUCCAUGGAGACUGUUCUCUCCCUUCCCUGCCAUAUGCUCCAGACUGGGAUGGUGUUUGGUCUGUCUGAAUUGUUUGCACUAGUCAAGAGCCACUUAUGACUCAGUUCUUUCUUUUUUUUCUGUUUUGUAUUGGAUUUCUGCACUGUACUUCUGUUAAUUUAUGUGAAAUUCCUGUAUGUCCUGAUGCAGCCAGUUGCUCCCUCACCUUCCUCUCUUCUCUGUUUUUCCUAUGUGGGUUUCUUUGCAGCAGAUGUGUAGUAACUGGGAGGAGAUGAGGGAGGAGAGGUUCUGGAACACCUUCUGGAUAUUGCCUUCAAUGUCCAGACAGUUCAAAUGUCUCCUUGUUUGGGACCAGUAAUCCUCAAUAACUGCUGGGUUUUUUCGUUUAAGAAAAAUCCCCCAUCCCACAUAUUCACUAUGGGCAAGUCCCUGCCCAGUAAGGCAGAUAAGUUUCAGUUGCUUCUUUUUUGCCACAUCAGACCCUUUCCUUUCUCCUGUGCUGAGGAAUUGCCCUUGUGAGCACAGUGCCAGGAUGGGUUGUACCAGACUUGCUUGGCUUAAAGACUGGAAGGAUUGGCCCUGAGUAAGCUCUACAUGGAGCACUUUUUUUUCUCCUUGGUAAUAAACAAUCACAUUUUUUAGGUUUGGCUUGGGGGGGGGGGGGUUUGUUUUGUUUGUUUGUUUGGGUUUUUUCUAAGGGGACUAGGGAGGCUCAUCCAGUAUACUUAGGCAUCAUGGGGCCAAGUGGCAAAGAAGGUAAAUUGACAUCCAUUUUCUGUUUGAGUCCUAUGUAUGGAUGAAGUGGGAGAAUGUUGGUCCCACAAAAGAGUUAUCCUGUUAGUAUGGGAAUGUAUGUGCAAAUCUGACAGGAAUUCCUGGUUGAGAUUUUCCAAUCUUAUGCAUGUGUGACUCAUGUACUAUGACUGGAAUAUUUAUAUGUCCAGUGCCUGAAAAUAGGUAGUUUAUACUUAGGGCAGUUUUUCUUCUCCCUCGUCUUUCUCACGUAUUUUAUAUUUCUUUCUUUUGGAAAGCCAUUUUAUACUACCACAGCCCUUUGCUAAAUAAAUAAAUAAACAAAACUUUAUUCCUUUGUAAAACUUGUGGGUUGGUUUUGGUUUUGGUUGUUUUUAAUUUUACAAGGAAGUGGGGGCAGUUGUUUUGUUUGACCCUGUGCUGCUUCAUAUCUAACAUGAGCAGCAGUUGUUUUUAAAGAAGACCUUCAGUGUCUUGGGUGUAAGCCCCUUUCUGUAAAGGAGUAGUGGAUAUUUCACCAGCAAAAGAGGGUGGGAAAAACAGAAACUGCAGCUGAACAAGACAAGGAAAAGUGUGCUCAUUACCUUCAGGCAGUGGUAAAGAAAUUUAAAUUUUAAAUACAUUCGAAAUUGUUCAUGUAUUUUAAUUAAUAUAUGUAAGUUUUGCCUGUUUGUGAAAUUAAAUACAGCGUUUGAGUUGGAUAGAUGCAUGGCUAGCUAGAUACAGCAUUUAAAAUUUUAGUUCUUUAAUCUGUAUUGUGAAGAUGAACUAAUUUCAUGUUAAGAUUUUCCUCAUUGAUCAAAGUGAAUUGUAGAAUAACAAAAAAUGUUUUAACUUAAAUGCAUGGGUCCUUCUUGACAAUAGAAUGUCUUUAUAAUUGUGUGUUUAAGUUGUCUAUGGUAAAAAUUUUACCACAUUGGAACAGGAAUGACCAAAAGAAGACCAAAGUUAAGAAGAAAACAAGCAAUCCGCAGUUUAAUGAAACAUUUUAUUUUGAGGUAACCAGGUCCAGCAGUUACACCAAAAAGUCCCAGUUUCAGGUGGAAGAAGAAGAUAUUGAGAAACUAGAAGUCAGAAAUGUCAGAGAGGGUUGACCUAUGGAAUAAUGGCAAUCUGGUACAAGACAUCUUUCUAGGAGAAAUUAAGGUUCCUGUGAAGGUGUUAAGAAAUGAUUCCUUUCAAGCAUGGUACUUACUUCAGCCAAGAGAAAAUGGAAACAAGUCUUCUAAAACUGAUGAUUUGGGAUCACUUAGGUUAAAUAUCUGUUACACUGAAGACUGUGUACUUCCAUCUGAGUACUACAGUUCUCUAAGGAACUUGCUGCUAAAAUCUUCAGAUGUUCAGCCCAUUUCUGCAUCUGCUGCCUACAUUCUGAGCGAGGUGUGUCGAGACAAGUGCGAUGCUGUGCUGCCCCUGGUACGGCUGCUGCUGCACCACCAUAAGCUGGUUCCCUUUGUUGCAGCAGUGGCAGAACUGGAUCUGAGGGACACCCAAGAAGCAAACACAAUCUUCAGAGGCAACUCAUUAGCAACUCGGUGUGUGGAUGAAAUGAUGAAAAUAGUGGGGAAGCACUACCUAAAGGUCACUUUGAAACCUGUUAUUGAUGAGAUAUGUGAGUCACCUAAACCCUGUGAAAUAGAUCCCAUCAAAUUAAGAGAGGGGGAUAACGUGGAAAUUAAUAUGGAAAAUCUCCGCUAUUACGUGGACAAAGUGUUCCGUGAAAUCGUGCGGUCGAGUAUAAGUUGUCCUACACUAAUGUGUGAUGUGUUUUAUUCUUUGAGGCAUCUGGCUGCCAAAAGAUUUCCAAAUGACCCUCAUGUACAGUAUUCUGCAGUGAGCAGCUUUGUGUUUCUUCGUUUCUUUGCUGUAGCCGUAGUCUCACCUCAUACUUUUCAUUUACGACCUCACCAUCCAGAUGCACAGACUUCUAGAACAUUAACUCUUAUAUCAAAAGCCAUCCAGACUUUGGGGAGCUGGGGAAGUUUGACCAAAAGCAAACUUUCAAGUUUCAAGGAGACAUUCAUGUGUGAAUUUUUCAAAACAUUUCAAGAAGAACAAUUUACUGAAUCUGUUAAAAAGUUCCUGGAUGAUGUUUCCUCUACUGAGAGUAAAGAGCCCAGUGGUGUGAGCGAGCCAGUACAUCUAAAAGAAGGAGAAAUGUACAAAAGAGCUCAGGGAAGGACUCGGAUUGGUAAAAAGAAUUUCAAGAAGCGAUGGUUCUGUCUAACAAGUAGAGAAUUCACAUACCACAAACAGCAGGAUAAAGAACCAAUUUUCACUAUUCCAAUCAAAAACAUCCUUGCAGUGGAGAAACUUGAUGAGAACUCCUUCAACAAGAAAAAUAUGUUUCAAGUACUCCAUGGAGAAAAGCCACUCUAUAUCCAAGCAAAUAACUGUGUAGAAGCCAGCGAGUGGAUAGAGGCUCUGUGCCGGGUAACCAGGUGCAACCAGAGGAGGCUGAGCUUUUACCACCCCUCUGCUUUCCUGAACGGGAGCUGGCUGUGCUGCAAGGCCACGGCCGAGAGCACCGAGGGCUGCGCGCGCUGCACCGCAGAUGUUCCUGCUGAUACUCAAAUUGAGAUUGAUGGAGACAGAGAGACGGAAAGAAUUUACUCCCUUUUCACUAUCAACAGGUCUAAAUUACAGAAGUUGGAAGAGGCUUGUGGAAGUAUAGCAGUCUAUCAAGGUCCUCGGAAAGAACCAGAUGAUUAUUCUAACUUCACCAUAGAAGAUUCUGUAGCCACUUUUCAUACACUUCAGCAGAUAAUAGAUAUAAUAGAAAAGCUGGAUGAAUCACAUGAAAAAUACCAGAAGAAGAGAUCAUCUAGUGCCAAAUAUGGUAGUGAAGAAAAUCCAAUUGUUGGAAAAGUUUCCUAACAAAAACCAACUGGCCCACUUGGAUGAAAAAAGAAACUGGAAAUGUUCUAGUGUUUUGGGUUUUUGUUUGUUUUUUUUUAAUUCAUUAUAUGAAUUUUUGCAAAAUAUUUAAGAAUGAACAUAAAUGCUAGUUGUGUUGACAAUCUAUUUAAUAUUUAAGAGAAAAAUACGUUCUUGGAAAUCUGGUUUUUAAGGUUUAUUCUCAUUUUGCUGAAGAACUUGAAGUUCCAGGUUCUUGAAAUAACAGAUGUGAAUAAAUCUAAAGGUUGUUUUGCCAUUGUUUUCUUAUUGGGAAGAACUUUGUAAAGAAAUAAGCUUUUUCAUGGAAGAAAAUCCACACUGCAUUUGUUGGUUGGAUUACAUCUCAGUACAUACACUGCAAACUUGCAUGAGUUUACCAUGAGUGCCUGCCCUGCUGAUACGGAUCUCGAAAUAGAAAUCCCAAGAUCUUAUGAUGUGGAAAAGAUCUGAAGCUUUACACUCAAUACAUUUGACUUUUUUUUUCCUUGUAUUAGGUGUUGUCAGGACUUGAUUUAUCUACAGUUGAAGUUCUACAGAACCAUGCAGUAUGCUGCAAAUAAUCUGGACAGCAAAUACCAGUGUUAGUUGAGUUAUUAAGUACUAAAGAAGAAAUCAGGGAACUUACGUUGUACCUCUUGUUUACAUUUGGAGUGAGUAAUAUAUGGAGUGACAUUAGACCACUGUCUAUUUUCUUUAGCAGUUUUUAAGGUACAUAUUUUUACUUAAUCUGAAAAGAAAUGCAGGGUAGUAACAUUCUUGUUAAAUAGGUUUGCCUUCAGAUAGAAAAAUUGAAGUGUGAACAGAUUGUGGUUAAGUACUGAUCAAUUAACAUCAUCCCAUGUAUGAUUUAACUUCUUUUUAUAAAAAGUAAUAACUACGUCCAGCUCAACUUUUGACUACAAAUCUAAUAAAUAAUCUCUAUUAUAAUCACUCAAAGCACUUUAGAUAUCUGGACUAUCCCAGAUUAUUUUUAGAUACUUUGUAGUAUCUGCUUGUUAUGAUCAGUUGAAUGAUCAACAUUGUUUUGUCUUUAAACAAUGCUUCAGUGAAUAUUUUUGUAUCUUUAGUUACAUAGAUUCGUAUUUGCCACUUAACACAAUUUUAAACUGGCAUUCCUGACUUCAGUAAGAUUAAUUUUUGCUCACUUUGUCUGAGAAGUUAGUUUUCUGCUGAGAAAAAGUAUAUGUAUAUAACCAGGAAGAAGCAAAGGUAUUACUGUGGCAACUUUGCUUCAUCAGUAUUAAAUACAAUGGUACUCCUUGGAAUAUUAUUUUUAAUAAAAGUUGUAUGUGGUACUUUUAUUUUUUAAAGCAUUUUCUGUGGGGUCUUUUGUUGUUUUGUGGGGUAUUUUUUAGGUUUUGUUUUGUUUUUCCAAUCACAAUUUGGCCAAAUUAAUUAGGAAUGUAACUUAGACUAGAAAUACACAAUGCUUGAAACAGUAAGGUGUUGGAAUUACCACACAUUUAUUAUACUGUUGGAAGAAGGCUUUCUAUAAUGGAAGCAAGGUGGUAAGACAGGAUUGAAAUUUCUUUGGAAUGAAUGUAACUUGUUAAAAUGACUUCAUUUUAAUACCAAGAUAUUUUGGAAUAUCUGAGAUUCAGUACUAGGACCUGCAACAUCACAAUCAUUUAAUCACCUCAGCUGGUUUUGCCUUUUCCUUUUUUUACACAUUUAUUGUGUUCAGCAGGACUUUUAUUUGCCAACAGUUAAAAGUGAGGGAGAAUACAGCAAUGCAAAUAGAUGUGUUUUGCCAAGGUAAAGAUAAAUUGCCAUUAAUCAAAAACUGCCAUUAAACAAAGUUGAAUGUGGUUGAGGGUCAGAAUUAUGGUUUGUUGUAUAUGAAUUAACCCAGUGGCAAACCCUCUUCCUUGGAGCCGUUUUCUGUUGUUUUCAAAUUAAAAUUUAUGAAAAAUUGAGUAGUAUACUCUUGCAAUGUUGGGGUUUUAUAAUAUGCACUUUUUUUUUUUUUGCUUUGGUACUGGAAUAUUGAGGAAAAAAAACCCAGAAGUCCAUUGAAUAUUUGUGACCAUUAAGAUUUGAUUUAUCAUUUUAUAAUGUUUUAAAGUACAGUAGAUGUUCUAGAAUUUAAUUAGGUACAAGUAGAAUAAUUAAUAAUAAAAGUUGCAUUCAUUUUGAUUAGUGUAGAAAAGUGAUGUUAUUCAGUAAUUAGUUCUGUUAGGAUUGUAAAAGUUUUAAUGUUAUUAUGAUGUAUUGUUGAAUGUAUUUUUAUUUAAAUUUUAUUUUCUUAUCAAGACAUUAAAAUGUUUUGUAACAUUGCUUGAGAAUAACUCAGAAAUAAAUUACAACAAACCUGA